UUGUAGCAUUUUUACUAAAAUUGCAUUGAUAGUGCCUAAAUAUCGUAGAAAAAUAGUUAACAGUGAAAUGGCACCUCGCAAGCGUAAAAUAAAAGUGGUGGUCCCGUGUACUUCGCCGGAGAAGGCCAAGUUCAGCGUUGUCGUCAUCCAGACCAUUCUCAACGCGCAGGGAAGCGAAACAAACCACGUAAAGUUGAUCAAAGAGCUGAAGAACAUCUAUCCGACGGUCACCCAUGAAUCUUUCAUGCGGUCCUUCAUCCAAUCCCUGAAGGGUGCCAUGCAACAUGACGAAACGAACGAAUAUGCCAACAAUCGGCUCAAGCUGUGUGCCAAAUUCAUCGCAGACCCCGACCACAGCGAGCAGGAGGUGACCCAUCCGAUCAUCAUUAUGGCAUUCGAAUGGCUAUUGAACACCAUCAGUCCUUCAGCGAUUGUGCGAUUCCGUAUCUGUCAGUUCGUCAACCUGGUGCUGAAUGCGAUGGGCCCGGAAGCAUCGUUGGACGACGACAUCUGCGACAAGAUCCUACGCUACAUGCUGGAACGAAUGCGCGAUGUGGCACCGAACGUACGCGUCCAGGCGGUGCUGGCCCUACAGCGACUGCAGAACCCGGACGAUCCGGAAGAUUGCGUUUUUCGGACGUACAUCUACCAUCUGGAUACGGAUCCGUCGCCGAAGGUGCGGCAAACGAUCAUCUCUUCGUUGGGUCGAAACUACCGGACCAUUCCGUACAUUAUAGAGCGGCUGUGGGACGUGGAGGAAAGGGUUCGUCGGCAUACGUACAUGCAGAUGAGUAGCUAUCCGGUCAAGCAGUAUAAGGUGGCUCAGAGGUUGACGUUCCUGGAGCAAGGGUUGAACGAUCAUUCCGAGGCGGUCAGGAAGGUCGUUAAGAAUGUUAUGAUUCCGCAGUGGUUCGAAUCGUACCAGAAGGACUACGUGGCGUUCGUCAAGGCUCUGAAGAUCGAUGCCGAUGAGAAAGAGCUGGAGCGAUUUCGCAAUACCGGGAAGUUGGCACUGUUUGAAAUUUUCUCGAAAUACGGCAUCAAUGACGCCAUGACCGUGUUGGGGCUUCGGGAGGAUGACAAAACCGUACCGCUGGAGAAUUUAACCAUCGAAACGGCUAUCUGCUGGCAAGCGCUGUUGGAGUUCCUGCAAAAGACGGAAUCGGAUGAGUUGGACAAUCUGAUGGUGGAUCUGUCGACGUUCUGCAACUAUAUUAAAGUAUUUGCUGAGAACCCCUCGUUGUGCAACUACAUUCGCAUGUUGGCGGACGAUCCGUCCAUGAUUACCGACAAGAUGCAGAAGAUGUACUUCCAAUCGAUGCUGCAAAUCUUGCUAGAGAUUGUCGACUCGUACGACUACGGUGACGAAUUCGGGCGGGAAACGUUGAAGAAGAUCCUGGCGGAGGCGCUUUGCUGCUGUGAAUUGGACGAAGACAACGUUAAGAUCAUUCUAUCGAUCUUCGAGCGCCUCAUCGGCGACGUGGAAAUGCGUUUUAAAUUUUUCGUCGAUUUGAUCAACAGCGUACUGGAACCUUCGCGGACGGAUGUUUCCCAUUCGUCCCGCUCGUUGGUGGAGGAGUAUCUGGAGAAGAAUCCCGACAAGAGCCUUCAGAUGAAGAUCAGUCAUUUGCGGUUGACGAUCAUGGAUCUGAAGGAACAGGAAAUGGAGAAGGUCAAUCAGAAGGACUACACUGGUGCGCAAAAGGUAGCCGAACAGCUGCAUGCAGCGAAUGAAGAGUAUGCUACGCUCUUGAAACCGAUUCUGUUUGCGGUUUCGUCAUCCAGCGAGGGAUCUUCGCUGUUCCGAGAGUCGAUGCUGAAGCCGAAGAAGAUCACCAACGCGACAAUCAACAAGUGUCUGCAAAUAUCGUUCUAUCUGGUUAACAAUUCGACGGUGCUAUCGUUGACUCCGAUCGUGUGCGAUUUGUACAAGUCCUUCAUCAGCCGCUACGUGGAAUCGGCUGAGAUUGCCACUAGGGAUUGGGCUUUGCGUUGUUCCGUGGCUUUCAGUAUGCUGUACGAUGGACUGUCCAAGGAAACAUUCCAGUUGCUGUAUCAGCAGUUUUUCCGCAAUCAUUGUACGAGAAUUUGGCAAACGUCGAUCGAAGGUAUCUUUGAACUGAUGGACCAUUAUGGGUUUGAACAUUUUGACGUCGAAGCCAAGAAAGAUGAGGCGAGGAAAAACACUCGCCAGUUGUUCAACACGAGGGAUUACCUCGAUCAGGAUGAUGAGGCGAGUACAUCCAACACCGGAACGGGUGUCGAUUUGAUGCGUAUGAUGACGCACUUUUUCGAAACCUGUGAGGACAACGUGAUCUGCUCAGCCAUCGUGGACGGCUUCUGUCGGUUGAUUCUCCAUGGCCACUGCACCUCACAGGACAUCAUGUCCAAGCUGUUGCUCAAGUACUUCAAUCCAACCACUGAAUCGAAAACGCAACAAAUUUUGGGCAUCUUUUUCGAAUGUCUGAUCAAGAAAAAACGCCAAGAGAUUCUACAGAAGGCUCUACUGCACACGCUGUUUACCAUUCUGGAGUCGCCGAACGACAGUCCGCUGCAGGAGGUGAAACCGGAGCACGUGCUGAAGUUUGUAAUCGAUUCCACAAAACCGGUCUUCUGCAGUCCGGGACUGAAUCCGCACAAUACAAUCGCGAUAUCGUUCCUUCAGGUCAUGCUGGACAACUUAAAUUACAAAGAUCUGCUCAAGCUGCUCAGUAAAGAGCUCCUUACUCUGGAAAUCUCCGACGACGCGGUACUUAAGAACGACAUCAACAAUUGUAUCGAACAGAUCCUUCUGGAGAAAUCGCUCGACGUGAAGAUUAUCAAGAAUCUCAAGGACUUCGAAGAGAUGCUUCAGGGCACCUACCGGGAAUCACUCACAUUCUCCUCAUCUCGAGCUCCACCGGUAGCCAUCGCCGAAGAGCACGAUACCGAUCAUCUUUCGGAACCCGAAGAACAUCCGGAGGUCGCCUUGGAGGAAGAAGAACCGACCCUUCCCAAAGAUCCCAAGGAAGUGCCUCAGUUCAACAAAUCUUCACUGCAGAAAGAUGUCAAUGUACUAGCUGCAUCCUCCCCGGCAAAAUCCAGUGCUGCUCCCGAACCGGUUUGCCUGACCGUUCCCCAAACUCCUACCACUUUUGGAGCAGAAAACACAACCGGAAUGAAAUCCCUUCGCAAAUCAAUGAACGCAUCCGAAGGCGCCGUGGUCAGAAACGUUUUCAAGGUUCCGGAUGCCAGCGCUGUAAAGAAUUUACGCCAACAGCAGCAGAAAGCUGCUGCGGAAAAGAAAGCCCAACAAUCCAGCGACAUAGACAGGGACACCGAGAAGGAGAGCGAUGAAUCGGAAUUUUCGGAAGAGGAAGACGCAGUUGCAGCCGCAGGAGCGGAGGAAUCUUUUGCCAUUCCCUCGACGCAGGAUAUUUCCGGAAUAUCUACCCUUGAUGGGGACAGCUCGAUUCUGCAUCUGGAGAUUCCAGAGACGCAGCGUCCCAUGGAAGAACAGUGUACGCCAAUUCAACGAACGCUUUCCAAGAGAAAGAUAUCCGAUAGCUCUAUAGAGGAUGAAAUUGUCGAUUCUUCACCUAAUAUAGUGACCAGUCGCCGGGACCAUUCGAUCUUACGCCCACUAGCUUCGGCCAAGUCAAUUACCAAGUCGCAAAGUGCCAUCAAGUACGAUCAGCAUCGAACGCGAAACACUGCUCUAAAGGAGGUCAUCAGCGCGAAAGUAAUGACUAGAAGGUCCCUCACGGACGUAACCAGCGGGAGUAAAGGAGCUAUGGGAGGAAGUCUGGCUGGCAUUGAACCGCUGGAGAAGAGCCCCCAGGCAAGAAGGAGAACUCGUAGCUCCAUUGAUGAUGACGGUAAAACUUCCGAAAAAUCUAAGAAGAAGGAUAAAGAUGAACCAGUGACUUCUACUGUUGCAAUUAAAACUGCCCGGAGGCUAGAGCUGAAUCAAGAAAAAACUGAUUCCGCCAAGAAAGAAGCGGCCAACAAACCGAAAGAAUCAGCAGAAAAGCCCAAAUCGUCGAAUAGAAAUCAAUCGACCACAGCUACGAAGAAAGCUGAAGAAGCAAAAACUCAUUCUUCUGCUUUAAGAACCAGCAGAAGGAACCCGAACAAAGACGAUUCCCCUGCAAUUGUGUCGUCCAAGAAAGACACCACAAACCGAACGACUGAGAAAAAGUCAGCCGAAAAAUCCUAUUCGGAAAAGACCACCUCUUCCAAAUCACCGCCACUACCCUCUCGAACAACUCGAAGAUCGUUGGAAAAAAACAACAGCUCUGCUUCCACUGCUAGCAAAACCUCAACACGUUCGGUCACUAAAACCGCACCUUCGGGGAAAUCCACUCCUUCCCGUCAGAAAACCCCUCAGGAUUCCCCAGCUGCUUCAACAUCAUCCACAUCCGUAUCCACCAAGUCUCGGACCAGCCUCGGCAGCGGAAGCACCACCAGCGUCGGCGAAAGCUCUAGCUCCAAAAACCUAGUGAAGCGUACCAUGGUUACUCGCAGUUCCAGAUCAUCGCCGGGGAAGCUGUCGGUUUCGUUGAUCAGUAGUACUGAUUCGUCGGCGGCAAGUCCGGUGCGUACCAAGCGGACGGCACUAACGCCACUGAGCGCCGGUACUGACACAAAAAUCCCUGCGAAUCCGACGAGACCAGCCCGGAAAGCAACUAAAAAGUAGAGAUUAGGUGUUGAUUAAAGUCUAUUGUGGUUUCGGUGGUCUAAUACCUGGUGGAAAAUGUGUCAAGAUUUUUUUUCUGAGUGUAUUGUUCGU